CUACUAAGAAAUAAGUUAGAUAAACCUUUACUGUCCUAUACAAUGUUUGUAACUAUUCAGCAUUGUUUAAGUAAUUGGUGCUAAUAAAACAAAGUAAACUAAAAAGUAAAACAUCAUCUACAACCGCCAUGUAUAAAAGUAUAUCCACCGCUCACAAUUACGACGCGCAAAUGGGAAAAGAAAUCUUUAAAUGUUUUGAAAAAAACAUGGACAUAUUUACUGACUUUACAGUCAACGUUGGCGACUUCCAGUUCAGUUGUCACAAGUUUGUCUUAAGUUCCUGCUCUGGUUUCUUUGAGGCUCUCCUGAGGACAGAUAUGAGAGAAAAAUAUGAAUCAAGCUGUACCAUAGAAGGCAUCUCACCAGAAAUAUUUGGUCUUAUACUAGAUGUUAUUUACAAAGGAACUGAUGUUUUAGAUGAAGAAAACAUGGUUGAAAUGUGGCAUGCAUCAAAUCAACUGCAGAUUGAAUUUUUAGUUUCGUCUUGUCAGAAAUUCGUAAAUGAAAACAUAACGUUGCAAAACUACUGGAGCAUUUAUGAAGCAGCAAAGCUUUUAAAUUCGUUUGGUGUAUUAACCAAAGUAAAAAAGUUAAUCGUGAACAAUUAUCCAAAUGUUGUAGGAUCCGACGACUUCAUGGAAAUUCCUUUCGAAGAGUUCAAAGACCUUUUAAAACACUUUCGUAUUGUCGGAGAUUUUGUCGUAAAUUCAGUUUUAAAAUGGGCGUAUUCGGAUGACUCGUACCUCACACCUGAGCCAGAAAAAUGUAUCGGUUUAUUGCGUGUGGACAUUGGACUUCAUAAUGCACUUUGUAAGAAGGUGGACGUUGGAACAGAAGAAGAUGAGAAAAUGUCACUUCGUAGGUUGUACCUUGGUCAGCUGUUUUCAGCUAUUUCACUCAAAGACAUCAGCACCGCGUGCCUGUCCAACCUUUUGAACAACACAUUUGUAAUAGACAAUAAAGACGCCAUCACACUGGUGAACAAACAGGCCGCUUCCAGGCUAGAAUUCACAAAACCUGCUCUGUUUAAAAAUUACAGAACAGCCACUGCCAUCAAGACACCUCCCCCACCGGCGAGGAAAGUUUCUGCGAACAAAGAAAACCCGGUGAAUCGUGUCUCGCUAUACUUUGACAUUCCUCUUACGUUUCAAUAUAUUUUAAUUCUUUUAUUCGCAGCCUUCUUGUUUACCCUUUUGUUAUUCUCAGGUUGUUAA